AUGAUAAAAGAUAGCCUCCCCCUUGUGCGUGCGCCCCCUGACGCCUUGCGCUUUGGCUUCUACAGCGCCAGCGAGGACGUGCGACCGGUGCACGAGGUGCAGCGUCUGCAGACGACGCACCGUCAGUCCAACUGGGAGCUGAAGAUGGCGACGGUGGAACAGGUCUACGGCAAGGCGGCGGCCAUGCGUCUGCGCUCGGAAAAGGCCGUACUUGAACAGUUUACGCGUCUUCCGGGUCUGCCAAGCUCGCAUGCUGGCCUGGACACUCUGACGGGUGCCGACGAACAGAUUGAGUUCACAGACUUCCUCAACGACCCCAACGAGCACCCUGAGAAUACGUUCCGUGUUCACGAGGCGAUGGAAGUGAAGCUUUCUAUUUUCUAAACUGCCACAGCCGCGACUGAAUGAAGAAAAAAGUCAAGGCGUAAAGCCGAUGACGCUUGUGAUACAGCAAACUGUUAUCUAAACGUGCAUUGAAAUCUCACCUCAUCAAUGACAACGUUGACACCUUGACACAACGGUAACUGCAUUCAUUCAUAUAUUUUCAUUUGAAUUAUAUUAGCAAGAGCGAUCUCAACGUGGAGUGAACACGCUUAGUUUGACUGUGCUGCCGAUGCCGAGGCGGGGGCUGCAGCCAUGAGUGCUAAGCAGUGCAAAUCUUCGUGGCGUACUGCAGCAUUGUCUCCGGUAGGGACGAGGACAUUUUGCCGCUGUAAGAAACGCUGCAGACCUUGCGUAGACAUCAAAGAGCACAUGACAUCUAGUCGCUCAUCGGUAUCUGGACUCGCCUUCGUUUUCUCAUCCGUGGCUCCAGAAGUAGCGGUCUUUGUCCGCGUGGUAUCAUUCUCCUUUUCCGGUUCAUCAGCCGGCAGUUCCAUG